AAUAUGGCAGCCGCGCUGAACCAGUCCAACUGCCAAAUGCGGAUACUAUUUCAUAAAAAAAAGUCUGUGUCUGGCAGAAACAAGACGAGGCGGUGCACGUUUCUUGGUUUCGUUUCUGGACUUCAGGACAGAGACGGCAAAGCUUUCGAAUGAACUGCGUUAUUUUCUGCUUCAUCCUACAAACUUUGAGCAAUAAUUUCCAACAUGGAGGAAACAGAUGUCCAACGUGUCCAAAGGUCCCUAAAAUCCACACUGAAGAAAAAAUAUCACAGACAUAGGGAAGCACUUCCUGUAAACGCCAUACUACCAUCAAGACUUCACCACAAGACUAACCUCAAGCCUAAUUCUAUCCAACAACAUGAAGUUAGCUCUGUGGAUAAAUCUGACCUGCGUACUUGGCUAGUUGGUACAACAGUUCUACUUGAAGACAUUGUUAAUUGUGACUGCAAACAUGGUACUAGCCAAAGAACAUUCAUCACGUUUGGGGUAUGUGGAGUUGGGAAAACCACAGCUGUGCAAACGUUUGCUCUGGACUGGGCUAAUGGCAACCGGCACCAGGGCAUCCACCUCCUCCUUCCAUUUUCUUUCUGGGAGCUGAAUUUAAUCAAACGCAAAGUAAGCUUUAUUGAGCUUAUCCACAUGUUUUACCCAAAUUUGCAGAGGCUUACCACGUUCAGCCUGAAUGAAUGUAAUAUUUUAUUUGUCUUUGAUGGACUGGAUGAGUACCAUUUGUCGCUAAACUUUCGCUGCACUACAGUGAGUGACAUUUUCGAAGCUGCCCCAGUGGAUACUCUACUGACAAAUCUGAUUAAGGGCAAUUUGUUUCCAAAAGCCCAUCUGUGGAUAACAACCCGGUAUACUGCAGCAACAAAAAUCCCAGAAUGCUAUUUGCUUGAAAGAACAGUAGUGAGAGGAUUUGAUGAUGAACAGAAGGAGUUACACAUUAGGUCUGUCAUUGGUAGUGAUCAUCUCACCAAAAAAGCCUUUGACCAUGUGAAAAUAUCAAGGAGUCUCAAUUUCCUUUGCCAGAUACCACCCAUCUGCACAAUCAUGGCAACUGCCUUGAAGAAUCUUCUAAAAGCAGAUGAUGAUUUCAAAAUAACCCAUUUCACUUUGACUCAACUGUAUAUAGAGAUAGUGAAAAUGGCAAACUCUGAAUUCAUUUCCAAGCUGAAACGGCUGGCACUGGAUCGACUAGAAGAAGAGUUUGAUUACAGUGUGUUGUAUCGAGAUGACCUUUUACGGAGUAAGAUAAGUGUAGAGGAAGCCUCACUUUUCUCCAAAGAAAGUCCACUUCUGUUGAGAGAAGAGAAAGGACUGCAUGAUACCACUGUGUUCCGUUUUGGUCACUUGAGUGUUCAGGAGUUCCUAGCUGCUGACUGUAGAUUACAUGAAAUAGGUCCUUUUCAAUCCUCGUAUCUGUCGUUGGUGGACCAGACACUUGAGAGCAAAAAUGGAAAAUAUGACAUCUUUCUCCGCUUUAUCUUUGGACUCAUGAAGGAGCAAGGAUCAAUGAAUGACUCUCAUCCACUUUUUGUAUGCACAAGAAGUAUGAUCCUGACGAACAUAAUGUCUCCUAUAGCCGUGGUCUUGUUCCACUGUCUGAGGGAGUUUGACCUUAAAGCUUUCCUUUGGGAGGUUGAUUUUUUCUUGACAACAGGCAUCUGCCCAGACUCGAAUUUCUCUCCAACACACUGGGCAUUAAUGGCAAAAAGAGUCACAAAUUUUGAAGGUUGCCGAGAAACCGUCAACAUGCCAGUGUCUAAACGAUGUGAUGAGCAGGUUCUCGGGAAUCUACCAGACAUUUUGAAAUCCAGGAAAGCCAUACUGAGAUUUUCUAACCUGACAAACAAGUGUUGUCCAGCCUUUGCAUCUGUAUUGCGCACAAGCGAAUCAUAUCUGAGAGAGCUUGACUUGGGAUACAAUAGCAUCACUGACACUGGAGUCAAGAUGCUUGUGAAGGGCUUGACCAGUCAAAACUGUAGCCUGAAAAAACUCAGGCUACUUUGCUGUGAAGUGACGGCAGAAGGCUGUCGCUACCUUGCAAUUGCCUUGAAAAAAUGUGGGAAGCUGCAAGAACUGGAUCUCAGCGGCAAUCAUUUAGGAGACGAAGGACUGAAACAUCUAGCUGAUGGUUUGAAAUGUCUUGAAUGCCACCUACAAGUACUUAAAAUAUGUCAGUGUAACUUUGGUCAAAGGGGAUGUUCUUCUUUAGCGUUGGCUUUGCAGAAAAAUCCCACAAACAUGGGAGAGUUGAAUCUCGCCAUCAAUCAUAUUGGAGACAAAGGGGCCAAUGAGCUCUUCACCAGAUAUGAUAUAUCAAUGUUAACCAAACUGCAGAUGAAUUGCUGUGGCAUCACCACAUUGAGCUGCAAAAAUAUUGGGGAAGCGCUCAAGUCGGAAAGCAGCAACUUGGUGGAACUAAAUUUGAGCAACAACCAAAUAAAAGAUGCUGGCUUUGAGCUCAUUUGCACAGGAAUGUAUGCAUGGUCUUGUCUGGAAAUACUCAAUGUGUCAAGGUGUGGAAUUACUACUUCAGGCUGCUGUUAUAUUUCAAAGGUGCUGGGUUGUGUCUCUCAGCUCUACUCUCAUGGGGAAAGGCAAACAGAGUGGCAGGCAGCAGAGUUGAGAGAGCUCAACCUCACCAUGAACACUUUUGGAGACGCUGGAGUCAAAGAAAUUACAGCUGGACUGAUGAAUCCUUACAGCCACUUCAAAUCUCUCAAUCUGAGCCACUGCAAUCUGACUGAUAACUGCUGCUCACAGCUUGCGUCAGUUCUUUCAUCAACGGACAGCCCGAUCAGGGAGCUUGAUCUCUCUGACAACGACAUCCAGGAUAAGGGAACAAAGAAACUCUGCACUGGACUUAAAAGUACUCAAUGCAUGCUUGAAAAAUUAGCACUUGCAAACUGUAACAUUCACUCAAGAGGUGUUUCAUACCUGACUGCAGCGCUGAUGUCAAACCCACGGUAUCUUACUGAGCUGCUUCUGAUAGGCAACAAGCUGACCAGUUUGGACAUCACCAACCUCAUUGAGUUAACCAAGAGAAAGGAAUACGCAUUGCAUACUUUAGAUGUCUCGGAAUACUGAGGUGUUAAAAGGCAAAGAUGAGUGAUUCAGGAGGCGGUAGCAUACAGUAUUUUGGGUAAAUAAGACUAGACUUUCACUAAAGAUGACAUCACAUCAUUUACGCGCGUAACAAAUGAACCUGCAUUUUAUGUUUCACGUUUCAAGUGAGAUUAAAUUCAAAUAUAAUGUUAAUACUGUUAGUUAAAACAACUUUGAUUCACAGAGUAACGCUCCGUCCAAAGCAGUCUGUCUCCCUGCCUGCACAGAACGCAUGAUGUGAUAUAUUUGCAAUCUGGCUGUUCAGACUGUGGUCGCAUUGCAAAACAUUCGAUACAUAUCCAAUCUUGGACCACAUAUAAAAGCGACCCAAGUUGGACUUGAGAAAGAUCAAAAUUGAGCCUUUUAGACGGUCAUACAUUGCAUGGAGGUUACAUAGGGGCAACAAUUCCAAUCUGGGUUGCAUUUGCCUAGCCUAAAUGACAAAAUAAUCCAAAACUAUCAGCAUGUUCGCAAACAGAGCAAAAUAGCUUAAUUUAUUAUGAGUAGCGGUCAGAGUGGCAUUAAGAGCCACGUGUGUGGCAUAAGCAUGUCAUGCAGAUUACUCUCCUUCCAUCUUACAGUGGAAUGUUAAUUGUUUGGCGCAACAAAGAGCAAGACACAGGUUCGCAGUUAUAACAGGUCCAAAUUACUUAACUUGAAAUAGAAGAGUGUAAAUUAUUUGUUGACAAACAAGAUUAUUCCUCACUGGUUAUGUUAGAGUGGUGCUCACUCUAACUUAUUUGCAAGAACCACACGGGAGACAGUAUGCCCUUUUAGCACUUGCAAGUGGAGAAAACAUUCGUCACUGUGCAUACAGCCAUGUUCGAACGAAGUCUGACUUUCGUCUGUUGCAAGAGAGUAUUUAUUGAGAGAAAGCAGGGUGGGAGUGACAGGUUUGGUGAAUCCCCGGCAUCUGGUCAGAUCAGCGCAGGGGGUGUUUUACGAUCUAAUGUGAACAGAACAACUUUGAUUGCUUUGUCUGCAGCUGGUCAAUCAAGCAGAGGAUGCAACCACUUUAUUUUACUGCGUUGUGAGAGCAGGACAAGUUUGGUUAAUCAUUAUAGUCUACAUUCCAACA